AAGCUACGGCCUUGCACCCUGUAUCUCCACCACCGGCCACGAUAAGCGCAGGCUCCGACGGGGCGACCAGAAGUCGGUGCCACCGGCCACUACAAGAAUGCGAUCCAAAAGGCAAAUGCUACAGGAAUCUCGCUGCUCACGCGCGCCGUUGUACUUCGCGCGCUCUUCCGGUGUCCACAACGGGCAAUGAUGUCGCACGGGAUGCUGACAGCCGCCACCAAUGCACCACGCUCCCGCUUCCAGACACGCCCGCGCAGCCUCAACUUCGUGGCCGCCGGCCUAUUGGCCGCCUACUCGCGCAGGCUGCCGCUGUGUAGUCGCACCCCUGCAGGCGGCCGCUGCAUCUAAAGCCGAGGCGUGCCCGCGCAAUGCUCUACUCUGGAAUACUCCCCGCCGCGACUUGUAUGGUUAUCUGCAGUGGCCAUGGGCAAGAUCAGUUUCGCCGCAUGCGCGCAGAAGUACAGAGACAACGCCACGCUGCAGGCGACCUGGGGCUGGGACAAGCCGCUCGUCGGCCUGGACCGCAACCCCACGACCCAGAUCUCGCGCGCGGGCUGCAUUGCCGUCUGCGGGCCCGGCACCGACUACUACCCCUGGGCCGAAGUCUCCGGCACCAUCACCACCUGGAUUCUGCCCGUCGUCGGCACGCUGCUGCAGGCGCCGUUUGAGAGCAACAGCGCCGCGCGCACCGCCUUGGCUAUCUCGCGGUGGGUCGGGUCGCCGAUCGCGUCGCUGAGCUAUGUGCUGUGGAAUAUCAAAGUGAGCGCAAAGGCGGCGCUGAUGGUCGAUAUGGCGGUGAGGUACGACGAGGCGCCCGGGCUGGAGUCGGAUUUUGGGAGUAUGAGGGAUUCCAUGUAUCUGCUGCUCGCGAUGAACCAGUAUACGCUGAAGGAUGAGGUGGUGUCGAGCUCGAAGGAGGCCGAGGGGCUGCUCAGAAUUGUGCUGUUCAGCAAGGACCUCAGGUUGACGGAUACGAAGAAGACGCUGCGGCAGAUGCGCCGCAUUCUGGCGCGGGAGCUGAGAGAGAUGCGGCGCCGCGGCGCGGUUCCUGUAUUUGUGUCGACCAUGUGGUUCCUGUUCGCCUUCGCGCUCUCCAUCCAAGCCGCGUUCGGCGACCUGGGCCAAAACACCACCGCCCACGACCUCGCGCUCGGCUGUCUGCUCGCCUGGUUCCCCGUCCUCAUCAUGGGCUCCAUCGUCGACCGCAACCCCAUCGCCGCCGACGCGAUCCGCAAGAAACUCAACACCCUCGUCGACCACGUGCGCCACGCCCUGCGCGACCGCGCCCACCGCGCCGCCUUCCUCGCCUCCUUUGAAGACGCCCCCAACUUCGCCGAGCUGAGCAAAGAAGUCGAGCGCCUCGCCAGCCUGUCCGUCGGCGAAGACAUGAAGGAUUUCUUCCAGGAGUUCGCGGGCCAGGCGCGCGUCCGCUGGCACUACGGCGCCGCGCACCCCAUCCUCUCCGACAUCGAGACCUGCUACAUCGCCGCCAAGGGCCGCAACUGGCUCGCCGACGAGGCCGAGGCGCGCGCCAGCCUCGUCACGGGCCGCAGCAACGACGAAGGCCUGGUGUGGUUCGACGUGCGCGAGUUCUGGCAGAUUGCGAGCGCCGUGGUGAUUGUGGGGGGCAGCUGCGGCGGCGCGUUUGUGCUCAGCUACUUCACGCCGACCGUCGGGCUCGGGUGCCGGUCCGGCGGGUACACGAUCUUCUUCAGCAUCGCGCUGGGGCUGCUGAUCAUGGAGAUGGUCGUGUGGCUGGUCCUGUCGCCCUACAAGAUCGAUAAGUGGGUGUGGCUGGCGCGCGCCGAGGGGCGGUUGAACAGCAGCGCAACGAUUAGCGAUUGGGGGACCGGGGCGCAGGCGCGCUGGACGAGGGUCAGACGGCGCGCGUCUAGCAUGGUGUUGGGCGCCGAGGACUGGGCGAUCAAGACGCUGGUGCGCGCCGUGAUGCUGGUGAGGUGGACAGAGCGGCAGCGCGUCAAGGCCGACGUGGAGGAGUGGCUCGAGGCGCUCGCGCGGCGCCGCCGCAAUAUGGGGUCUCAGCGGCGGUGGGAGGUGUUUUUCUUCCGUCCUGUUGAGAUCGGGAAUACGGUGUGGCUGGUGUACAUUGUGUUCGCGCAGACCUUUGGCUGGUACAAAACCUGCGCCUGCGUAACCAGCACCUGGGGCGGCGCCGGCGGCUACCUCGACUUCAGCGUGCAAGACACAUCGAACAGCAUCUGGGUGCUGUACUACUGGAGCGCCGGAACCACCCUCACCGCGACCGUCAUGUUCCUCAGCAUGUUCUACAUCUCCGUCGAGUGGUGCCAGCAGUCCUUCCUGUCGACGGAAGACUACGACGCCGCGAUGCGCGGGCUACGGCGUACGCGGGCGUACCGCAAGUUCACGUUCGCCGCGCGCGUGCUCGCACGCGGUGUCGCGCGGUACACGCUCACGCCGCUCGAGGGCGUGGCGUUAAAGGUAGGGCUGAUCAAGGCCAAGCAGCACACGAUUGUGUGGACACACAAACACACGUGGGACCCCGUGCCGCGCGGCCCAGCAGGCGAAGCAGCAGACCCGCCGUACAGUCCCCCGCCGCACGACACGCCCGCGCUCGCGCACUCGCCCUUCCCGCCCACCAUCUCCGUCAGCGCCCCGGCCCGCGAGCGCCACACGCAAGACGCGUAUGCCCGCGGCAGCGACGAUGCGGGCGUGCCGCUCAUGGCGCCUGCGGAGGCGCAUCGCGCGCGCUCAGUGUCUGUGUCCAGCGAUGAGCGCCCCAGCCACGAGCGCCACAGUCGCGAGCUCGAAAUGAGGUCUGUGCCGGCCGGCGACGAGACGUUUGGUGGCUGGCUGGGGCUCAAUCCGUCGCUGCAGCCGAGGCAUGCGUAUCGGCGCGCCGGGUCGGAUCCGCCGCCGUAUGUGGGGGGUGCGUUGGGGUUGGUGGAUGUGGAUCUGGAGCGGGGGGUGUGAUGUCGAGCAUUCACGCGGGGAGACUUUGGACGGUUUGAACACCGGGGGUCGUGGUGUCGACCCUUUGCUUGAGAACA